UCUCAAUAAAAGAAGGCGUGCGUUGCCGGUAGUGUUUGUCACUGUGUCCUGUGUGUGUUCAUCUAUUGUUUUUGCUACUGUUCUUCUUCCUCGCGUGUGUUGUGAGGGAGUGACUCCUAGGCAAAGCUAACACUGCCAUCUUACACAGAGGAACUAAGACUGAAAGCAACACAUGCGAUUCAUACAAAAAGACUCCAAUUUGUCACUGUAAUUCCCGUGCAAUUUGAUGAUCAGAUAAAAUAUAAAAUAUACAUUCAGAUUGAUAUGCUAGCUGUAACCCACAUAUUUCAGUAGUGCAUGAUCCACUUGCUACUCCACUAAGAUUUGCAAAAACACACUGAACAAUCCGUGGAUAUCAGAAGCUGAGAGCCCCUAUAUAAUGAACAACAAGGCCACAGGGUUGCCACAGUUAGAGAAGUUCUUUGAUUACUCCUAUUGAGACCAUGGCAGCAUCAGCAAUGGCAGCCCUUUUCUUUUUAUUCAGUGCUUUGUUGAGAAGUUCUCUGGUCCAUAGUCAAGGAUUGCAGAUAGGGUUUUAUGACAAUAACUGUCCUGAUGCUGAGGACAUAGUCAGAUCCACCGUCCAAAAGUAUUACAACAAUGAUGCCACAGUUGCUCCAGGCUUGCUCAGGCUACAUUUCCAUGACUGUUUUGUUCAAGGAUGUGAUGCCUCAGUUCUGGUUUCAGGUGCAUCCUCUGAGAAGACUGCACCACAGAAUUUUGGUCUCAGGGGGUUUGAAGUGAUAGAUGAUGCCAAGUCUCAGUUGGAAGCCUUAUGCCCUGGGAUAGUGUCAUGUGCUGAUAUAUUGGCUCUCGCUGCACGAGAUGCCGUUGGUCUGACCGGUGGGCCAAGCUGGUCGGUACCGCUGGGACGAAGAGAUGGAAGAAUUUCGUCAGCUUCAGAUGCCAAAUCGUUGCCAUCUCCUGCUGAUCCUCUGUCUGUUCAGAGGCAAAAGUUUGGAGAUCAAGGCCUGACGGACCGUGAUCUCGUGACACUAGUUGGAGCUCACACCAUCGGGCAGACGAACUGCAUCUUCUUCCGGUACCGCCUCUACAACUUCACGGCGGCGGGCAACGCGGACCCGACGAUCAGCCCGUCGGCGCUGCCGCAGCUGCGGGCGCUGUGCCCGCCGGCCGGCGACGGCUCCCGGCGGGUGGCGCUGGACCUGGGCAGCCCCGGCGCGUUCGACGUGACCUUCUUCAAGAACGUCAGGGACGGCGCCGCCGUGCUGGAAUCCGACCAGCGGCUCUGGGGCGACGCCGCCACGCAGGCCGCCGUGCAGAACUACGCCGGCAACGUCCGGGGCCUCUUCGGCCUCCGGUUCAGCUACGAGUUCCCCAAGGCCAUGGUCAGGAUGAGCAGCAUCUCCGUCAAGACCGGCAGCCAAGGCGAGAUCAGGAGAAGGUGCUCCAAGAUCAACUAGGUGUACACUAGCCAAGUCCAGGAUUUUUUUUAAUUUUUUAAUAAAUAAUUUUAUUAUUAAACUUCGAGAGAAACUAUUUUCACUAGAUGAAUCUUUUGGUCACGCCACCAAUACUCGUAACACCAUUGUUGUUUGAUUUGCCACAUCACCCACACUGACGUGACCGAAAGGUUUAUCCGAUAAAAAUAGUUUCUCUCGAGGUUUAAUAAUAAAAUAAUUUAUUAAAAAGGUUUAAAAAAUAAAAAAUAUUCUCAGUCCGGAGAUUUUCAUCAACCGACUCAC